UUUCAAGGAUUCAAUUUUGCACCACCACUCCGGCAGCCCUGCGUUUCAUUAAGCUUCAAUUUUCUGACCGGCGAUCCGUGACAGAGAGAUGACGACGAUACGCCGGUUUUGCUGCAACGACCUUCUCCGUUUUGCUUCCGUCAAUCUCGACCAUUUAACCGAAACCUUUAAUAUGUCAUUCUACAUGACGUAUUUAGCUCGAUGGCCCGAUUAUUUUCAAGUAGCUGAAGGCCCUGGCAAUCGAGUGAUGGGUUACAUUAUGGGAAAAGUUGAGGGGCAAGGUGAGUCUUGGCACGGUCACGUAACAGCAGUCACCAUUGCACCCGAAUAUCGCAGGCAGCGGCUUGCUAAGAAACUGAUGAACCUUCUUGAAGAAAUCAGUGAUAAGAUUGACAAGGCAUAUUUUGUGGAUCUUUUUGUGAGGGCUUCUAAUACACCAGCUAUAAAGAUGUAUGAAAAGCUCGGAUACGUAAUAUACAGAAGGGUACUACGUUAUUAUUCCGGAGAGGAAGAUGGGUUAGAUAUGAGGAAAGCAUUAUCGAGAGAUGUCGAAAAGAAAUCAAUGAUCCCCCUAAAACGGCCGAUUAGACCUGAUGAAUUGGAGUAUGAUUCGAUUUAGAUCCACUUUCUCUAACUGUUUACUAUGUUCAUGUUUUUAUCUUGGAAGGGAAAAGUAAGUCGGUUGUUUCUAUAUGUGGUAGAUAGCAUUAUCUGUCAUUUUACCUUGUAUUAUUUGUAACUAUUAAAAGCAUGCAUCUUUCUUGUCAUGAUAUAUUAGAAAAAAAAAGAAGAGUAAAGAUUGGUAACGUGGUAGUUUUCCUCAA